AUGGGCUCAACUGCGUCUGGUUGGAGACCGCUGAGUGUGGGGAUCGUGGGCGGCGGGAUCGGGGGCCUGGCGGCUUCGAUUGCGCUGCGGCGGGCGGGCCAUGCAGUGGUCAUCUACGAGCGCCAUGAUUUUGCGGGGGAGGUGGGCGCGUCAAUCUCGUGUGCGGCGAAUGGGACCCGGUGGUUGCAUGAAUGGGGGGUCGAUAUCGCCAAGGGCGACCCCGUGGUGCUGCAGAAGUUGAUCAACCGGGAUUGGAAGACAGGGGAGCCGGUCAGUGUCUAUGAUCUGGACGACUACGAGCAGCGCUGGGGGUACGUCUACAAUAUGUUCCAUCGGCAGUAUAUGCAUGCCAUGUUGAAGGACUGCGCGCUGCAGGAGGAAGGGGCGGGAACGCCGGUCACACUGAAGGUGAACCAUAAGGAUAUUGACCUCGAGACGGGUGUGAUUACCUUUGACGGUGGUGAAACGGUGCGGCACGAUCUCAUCGUGGGUGCUGAUGGAAUCGGCUCGGCCGUGCGAGGCAUCAUUGGCCUUCAUCCCGAGAAGACUCCGGCGCCGUCGAGCUGCUUGCAUGCCAAUGUCCACACGGAGGAUGCGGUCCGCUUGGGGUUGGUCGACUAUUCCCAAGACAGUGCGUUGGAAUACUGGGGCGGCCAGGAAGGCAAGUGGGAUAAGAUCGUCCUCUCCCCUUGCAACGGCGGCAAGUUGCUGUCUUACUACUGCUUCUUUCCUCGCGAGAAGGGAGACUUCACGACGCACACAUGGGGCGGGGAGGAUCGUCCGGUCGAAGAGCUGCUCGCUCCUUACCCGGAAUUAGAUGAACAAGUCCGCUCUCAUCUGGCCAUCGGCAUCGAGAUUAGGCCCUGGCGCCUGUGGGUGCAUCAACCUUACCCGUAUAUCGCCAGCAAUAUGGUCUGCCUGCUGGGAGACGCAGGACAUCCAGUAAGUUGCUUCCCUACACGAACAAUUGUGAGCGAGGUACUGAUUUACUUUCUGCAGAUGAUGCCUCAUCAGAGCCAGGGCGCUUGCAUGGCCAUCGAAGACGCCGCGGCCCUCGGAAUCAUAUUCAGCAAGCCCUAUUUCUCCGGUGAUGUCGCAGCGGCGCUGUCAGUCUAUCAGAAGGUGCGACUGCCUCGAGCCACCAAAGUCCAAGCCGCUUCAGCCAAGGCAGCAUACAACAUCAACGAGCGCAUCGGCUUCUCCAGCAAUACCAACAUGCCAAAGUACAAGGUCGAGGAUGAGCAGAAGAAGCUCACGAUUGAAGAAAUGAACGCAUACGACAUGUACAUGGACAUCGAGGAAGUCCUGUCCCAAGAGCUUGGGUCCUCGUUCGAUAAGGAGUACAUCCGGGGGCUGCCUGUCGGAUUGAAGCUGUCGAACGGAGUGGUCAUCGGAGAAUAAGCGAGUUUUAACAGAUUCAGAUUUGGAAUCUUCUCUUCUUGUGCUUCUUUUCCUCCAUUGUUUUGAUACCUCAUGCGGAGCCGUGUAUAUAGUAAUGCUUGAUGUUUGUGCGGCGGACAUCUUAUGUCACUGCGGUGUAUAAUCCAUUCAAUGAAAUGUGUGACCAACAUAGUCAACCGGGUCCCAUGACUGAAAACUCGGGGCGAGGCCUGAGAUGGAUCAGCCGGCU